GCUUGUGUGCAAGAUCCUCGCAGCCAUUUUCACGAAGUGUUACGAGCGCCAUGUCUGAGGAAGAACCCGAUCAUAGCGUCGAAAAUAAACACAAUAUUCUCCGUCUGCAAUUUCGCACCAGGGCGUCUGUGAAACCGCUGGGGACAUAAGCAGAGCCGGGGUAUCAAAGCUGUGUUGAGACAGCGUUUAACAUGACAGAGGAUAUCAUGUCUGUUGUUAAGCGUCUCAUGUGUUGUUGAGAUGCGUAAACCGUGAGUUUUUUUCUCCAGACUGUCAAUACAUCCAAACCUUCAGCCAACGAGUGACUGAUGCAUCUCACUCUGGUUGCGGAGAAGGGCCAGUUGUGUUUGCAACCAUCAUGGCUUUUGUGAGCCUCUUCUCCAGUCCCCCAAGCCCCGUACUUGACAAAAAUAUGACAGACUCUGAGCUGGCAGGGGAAGAAAGGGAGGAUGGAGAAUUGGAGGACGGAGAAAUAGAUGAUGAAGGAAUAAGCAUAGAAGAGGUGAAAGAAAUCAAAGAAGAGCCAGAAGAGGGUGAUAAAGAAAAAGAGAAAGGAAAAGAAAGAGAAAAGGAUGACAAAACUCAUCGUCACUCCCGAAAGAGACACAGAAAAAUUAAAGAUAAGCGAAGAUCAAAGAGAAGGCGGCGAGACCGACAAAAGCAUCACUCUUCAUCCAGCGGCUCCAGCUCGGAUAGCUACGACUCGGAGCACGAGCGUCAAGACCGACCUAAGAGCAAGAAGAACAAACCGACGUACCGCGAUCAUGAUGGGGAGCAUGUGCAGCGAGAAAGCGAGCUUGGAAAACCACCAAGGUCGACGCAGCACAAGAACAACGAUACUGAGAAAUACAGUGACUACAGUGAAGAAAAAUACGACUACGAUGAAGAGGACAAUGAUUUUUCAGGACAACUGUCUAAAUAUAAACAUGCCAAGGAGUCGUCUGGUCAUGGCAAAGCGGGGCCACCUAAAGACCAGGCCAAGCGACCAAACAUGAAGGGACAACAAAGACAGCAACAACAACAGCAGUUUGGAGGUCAGCGUGGAAGAGGACGUGGAGCCAUGGGCCGGGGACGCGGUAUGCCCAACAAAAACAAAAAACAGAAGGGAAAGAAUUGGGGCCGUGGACGUGGUCGAGGAGGAGAGCAGGGCGGAGGAGACGGCGAGUCCAAAGGUCAGCCCAGUUUUCAGAAGAAGCGUCCGAUUAUGAGCCAGGAAUUCAUUAAUCAACACACGGUUGAACACAACGGGAGGCACAUUUGUAAAUAUUUCAUUGAGGGUAGAUGCAUCAAGGGGGACCAGUGCAAGUUUGACCAUGAAAAUGUUGUACCAGAGAAAAAGAAAGAACUGUGCAAGUUUUAUGUCCAGGGAUACUGUACCAAAGGAGACAACUGUAUAUACAUGCACAGUGAGUAUCCCUGCAAGUUUUUUCAUACUGGAGUAAAGUGCUACCAAGGAGACAACUGCAAGUUUUCUCAUGAGCCUUUAACUGAUGUUACCAAGGAACUUUUAGACAAGAUCCUCAACACAGAUGAGGAGAAUGUAAAUGAGGAUGAGCUCGAGUUGGAAGAUCUGAGGAAACACGGAAUUGCCCCACUACCUAAACCACCUCCAGGUGUAGGACUUUUACCCACUCCUGGGCCUGGAAGCCCCCCAGAUGGAGGCAAGAAGAUCCCCUCUCUGUUUGAGAUCAAAGUUCAACCUACUGUGGACCUGGCGCAGAAGAUUGCUCUAAGGCCUAAUUUCUACAACAGUACAUCACCCCCUGCUGGGCAAUUUCAGGGAAGCGGUGGUCCUGUGCCAUUCACUGGUGUACCUGAGGAUAUGCAGUCUUGCAAUAUGAUGUCAUCUCCCCCAAAUCCUUCCCUACCACCUCCUCCAGGUCCCAUAGGAAGUCCUCCACUAAUGUUCACAGGCCCACUGAGUCCCAGCGGCCAACCACCACCUCAUGGCUUUUGUCAGAGCCCACCUAUGCCAGGACACCAAGGGCAGCCCCCUUCAUUCCAUGGCAACAUGCAGCACAUGAACCAUCCCCCCAUGAACCAACAGGGGGCGCCGUUUCAACCUGUGCCUGACACGCAGAUGAAUAUGCCUUUCCAAAACAUAGGCCAGAUGCCCUCAGAGUUCUUCAAGAAUUUGUUCAGCAGUCAAUCUCUGGCUCAAGGAGUAGAUGAUGGACCCAUGAAAGACUCUCAAAUGGAGUGUAACAUUGAGUCUAGUGGGAUGCAAGACUUCUUGCCAGCUGUCCAGAAAGCUUUGCUUUUACACCUGAACCAAAACAAACAAGACUCAGACUGUCGCAGGGAAGGCUGUGCACCUCUCAGCACAGAAAAAGAUGAAACUCCUAACUGGUACUCCAGUGAUGAGGAAGAGGGUGGCAGCGUAACAGCCAUUCUGAAUACUCUAAAGAAGCAGAAUGAAAUGUUGAAGCAGCAGCACAGUGUACCACCAGCUGGCUCUGUGGACCCCAGACUGCAAAAGGAACGAACUCUGCCAAACGAUCCUCGGGUGAAAGCUGACCCACGUCAGCGCCCCCCGGACCCAAGAAAGGACAUCGGAGACAGUGUCGGGGACCCCAGGCUUGUCAGAGACCCACGUAAAAUUAAACCUCUGGACCCAAGCAUCUCUCAUCGCCACCCAAACCCCUCCCACAAGCCUCCGACCGGAGAAGAGGAUGAUGAAGGUGAGCGAGAGCUGAGGGACAGAGCAGCCUUUAUCCCACUGGAACCGAGUCCUGGGGCCAUGCUGCGAGAUCCCAGGUGCCAGAUCAAGCAGUUCAGUCACAUCCGGGUAGAUAUCCUCCUUCAGCGUCCUGCCUUUUCUCAGACUGUGGUGUGGGCCCCCGAGGAUCUCAUCCCUUUGUUGGUCCCCAAACAGGAGCCGUCUAUAAACCUGCCUCUUCCACCUUUAAUUGCUGAUGCUCAACUGAACCGUAGCCUUUCCUCCCCACCAGACCACCCUCCCUCUGCGACUUUGAGCCCGCCUGAUCUUCGUCUGGCAGCUGCCCGCCUCAAGGAAGGAAUUGGACGAUUCGGUAGCCCUCCUGGUAGGACUGUAGAUUCUCGGCACCACCCUGACAAACCCAUUGAUCCUCGGACUUCCAAGACACUUGAUCCCAGAGUUAGCCGAUCUGGCAGUCUCGACUCCAAGCUGUCUGGUAUGAAGGAGACAUCCUCUGGUAGUGGGUCCGGUGACCCACGUUUACAUCGUGGUAGUGGAAGCACAAACCAACACAGCGCUGCAUCAUCCAAGCAUGAAUCCGAAAAGUUGCCCCCGUAUGCACCCCGUCUGGCAUCUUCCAUGGGCGCAGGUCUUGAAAGCCCCACCACGCUGUUAGGGGGCAUAAGUUUAUACGAUCCACGCAAUCACUCUUUACUCUCCCCAAAACCUGAAAGUGAAGAUCUACCUAAAAAGUCAAGUAUACUAAAGUCAUCUUUAAAGCUCCCGAGUUCUCCGCCUCAUGGUUCACCAUCACGGGCAACAGGAGUAGAGAGGGAAGACAAAAGUCCAGUUGAAGACUCAAACGGCACCACUAGUGUCUGUUCAUUCAAUCCUCCAGUGCCUACGAUGAUGCCAGCAUCACCUUGCUCACCAGUCCGGGCUGCAGCUCCCGCUGUGCACAACUUGCCCAUUCAGGCGCUAGCGGGACUGAUAAGACCCGCUUACGUGGAUCCACGGCAAAAUAGACCGGCUGGCUCCGCGGGUGCGACUCCACAGGAGGACGAGGAGGACAAAGAUGAAAAGAAGGACAGGCCCCUGAGGGACGUUUUUAAAACCUUUGACCCUACAGCAUCACCGUUUUGUCAGUAAACACGAAUACUAAAUCUGACUCACACAUUUACUGUAGUCUGUACUUCUGUACUUUGUAUUCAUUUUGCAUGUAUAUGAUGCUUUUUUAUUUAUUUAAAUUUGUCUGUAAAUAUUUUCUCAAUGGUUACAUCAUUCUAAACAAGAUCUAUCUUUCUUUGCCCCCUAAAUCUGUAGAAUGGGUAAUUGAUCAUGCAAUUGUGUUGCCAUGAAGGACUGUAAUUGACUUGUAAUGCAAAUCAAAAAUAUUUUUAAAAAAUGUGUAACUUACAUGCAAAGACUUCAGUAUCCAGAGUCUCUUUAAUGUAACACCAUCAGUUAUUUUUUUGUAAAUUCCAACGAACGGAAAAGUAUUUAUCCCGUAAUAACAUUCAGCCCUAUAUAGAAGUGCUGUAUAUAUCAGGAUUCUUAUAUCACUUUUAUUUCAAGCAUCUCUUUUAUCGUUACUGCAUUGUGAUUUAUGGUUAUAAAGGUGAGGUUUGCGGUUGUAUACUGAGGAUCUCUGUGUUGUAAAUAUUUUUUGUUUUAAUGCUCGAGGCAUUUUUCCUAUUUUUUAUUGUGUUUUUUUUUUUGUGUGUGCAAAUGUUUUGUUCUGUUUAUAUUGUUUUUCCACAACAAAUGAAUUGCUUUUGGUUCUUUUACUAUUCUGGCCGAAAUGGGAAUUGAAAGACAACAGAUAUAAACUCUCAUUUUUUUAAUUCAGUGUCUAAAAUAAAAUAAACUAAAAUGAGAAAUUAAGUGA